AUGUUUGAGAAACAAUUAUAUGGUGCUUUGACUGUGUAUCGUGAGAGGGGAGCGUAUUUAAGAAGACUCGAACAAUUUGAAAAAGCCAAAACUGCUUACGAUGAAGCGUACACUAACGCAAACAAUGAUGUACGGACGCUCACUGGAAGAAGCCAGGUUUGUUCUGAUGCUGUUCAGCCUCUUCAAGCGUACACAGACGCCGAGCUGGCGCUCAAGCUGGAGCCGUAUAAUAUGAUCGCCCGGAGCAUGCAAUGUCGGGCUAUGUACACAAUGUCUGACUUCGAAAGAUCAGUUGUCAUGAACUACCGCGGAGCCAGGGUGCGACGUCAACCGCCUUAUUUUGUGGAAGGCAUUAACCAAGGAAUAGAAACUAUACAGGAUUGCAUAGGUGUCAACGUCGGGGACGUUAUGCUAGAUUUUUUACCCUUAAUUAGAAAAUCUGAGGUGGCAGUCGUUGAUGAAAAUGAUCCGAAAAAAAAGCUACACAUUUCCCGAAUUCCACAACCGGCAAAUAAGAAAAAGUUAACUCAAAUGCAGGCUCGGAAACAUGCUACUUUAGCUCGCGUUCUCGCUAUGAAAUACUUAGGACCGAUGGCAUAUGAUAAAUUUUUCCUUCUGAAGCUUAAAGAUGACGAAAGACUAAUGUCCGCCAAUGUGGCUGGUAGUAUUGAACUUAAAAAAAUAGCAAGAGAAUCAUUACGCUCAUUAACUGAACGACAGGAUAUGUUGCGCGCUCAAAAGCCUUAUUACUCAAUCAAAUUUGCCGAAAGAGCUGAAUCUAAGUAUCAAAAUAAGUAUAAAGAAGAAGUUCUCGCUAGGGAACGUGAGAUUAACACCCGAAACGUCGAUCGCUUAUUAAAACAAAUUGAAAAAAGUUUACGAGCGAAACGAGUUAUGGAAGUCAUGUCGUACGCAGAGCGGCUGCAACAAUUAUUCGACAUGAAGACACCACGCCAUUUACCUGACAAAGAUAUUUACAUCGAUCGUCUUUACAGAGCAGUAGGAGAGGCUUACUUAUGCCAGCACCGUCUUUCCUACAGACUUAGCGAACGUGGCAAUAGACGGAGAAUCGCUUUUCUAAUGGGACUUCCAGUCGGACGACCGAAGUCCUUCGACUCAGUCCUAGGUAAUUAUCCUUAUAAGUUUGCUGACGUUAAAAAAGCUUUGACUAAAGUUUCAGCAACUUUAGAUAUGUGCGAAAACUCCACUAUGAGAUGUUGGUUGAUGUACGAAAUGUCUAGAUUGUUGACGACUCAAAAGAAUUAUGCCCUCAGUAAGUUUUACGCCAAGAGAGUACAACGGGAGGCGCAAGAAAUAUCUAAUGCAACGUGGUGGCUGAACGGCCUGUUUGCAUUGCUGAGUGGUGAAAUGCAGCAGAGCAAUAUUAAUGAAGUGCGGGCCGCAGUCGAAGAGGCCUAUGAAUAUUCAAAAAAGAUACAAGAUGCGGAACAGGUACAGGCCUUCCUCAGGAAAUGUGUCCAGAUGAUGGAGGACGAGGUUCAAAUCGAAGAAAGAAAAAUUAUUGAGAAACGGGAAAGACAAAUAUUAGACGUCAUGGACCCGGUACAGAGUGUAGAAGCUCGAGUACUGUUUAAGAAGAUGUCAGCGUUGCCACGAGGACGGAGGUUCUCAGUGCUGCCCCAGAAAACUGACUUUGCUGGUCUGAAGGUGGAGCGACGCCGCCGCUGCCAAAUGGGCCUGACCGUCAUCCCAGGACCGGUGCGGACCUUACCGGCUCCAAAGAAAUCAGAUACACGAGGUUUUCAGAUAUUUGAUGUUUAA